UCUCUUCAGCCGGAGAGACCGGGACGCGGUGAUGAAGCCGAGGACCUUGACCAUCAAAUAUUGACAUUGCCGAAGUCGCUUGUGUGUAGAGGGACUGAGCUACUAUCUCUGUAUUCCAGUGGGAAGACACGGUUUCGGGAUGGAGGAGGGAUACGAACUCGACCUCACGUACAUCACAGAGCGCAUCAUCGCCGUUUCCUUCCCUUGGGCGUGCUCCGAGGAGAUCUACCUGCACAACCUGAAGGACGUCACGCGCAUGCUCAAAUCCAAACAUGCAGACAAUUACCUGAUCAUCAACCUGUCUGAGAAAAGAAGCGAUCUCGCCAGGAUGAAUCCCAAGACCCUCGACACGGGCUGGCCUGACCUGCAUGCCCCUCCUCUGGAUAAGAUCUGCACUAUCUGCAAGGCAAUGGAAAGCUGGCUUAACGCCGACCCCCUCCAUGUGGUGGUCAUACACUGCAGGGGUGGCAAGGGUCGAAUUGGUGUGAUCAUCUCCUCAUUUGUGCAUUUCACCGAUAUAUCAGCGGGUGCCGAUCAGGCGUUGGACCGCUUUGCGAUGAGGAAAUUCUACGAUGACAAGGUCUCGGCUCUGAUGACGCCGUCUCAGAAGAGGUACGUUUGGAUCCUCAACAGCCUUUUGAGCGGGUCGAUGAAGAUCAACGCCUCGCCCUUGUUCCUGCACUGUGUCGUCCUUCACGGGAUACCGAACUUCGACGCCACUGGAGUGUGUCGUCCCUACCUCAAGGUGUACCAGGGGAUGCAGGCCGUGUACUCUUCAGGGGUCUACCACAUCGGUCCGGGCCACAGAGACCGAAUAUGCAUCAGCCUGGAGCCGGCCCAGCUGCUAAAAGGGGACAUCAUGGUGAAGUGCUAUCACAAGAGCGAAAUCACGUCGGAACGUGAGGUGGUUUUCCGGCUGCAGUUCCACACGGGAGCAGUGCAGGGCUACAACCUGACGUUUGAGAAGGAGGACAUGGAGACCGCCAACAAAGAUCCCAGAUUUCCGGAUUACGGGAAAGUGGAGUUAGUGUUCUCAAAGGGCCCCGAGAAGAUCCCAGGCGCAGACAGGUGGCAGAAUAGCGCGGAUGUGAUUGUGGACUACAACACAGCCGACCCUCUGACCCGCUGGGACUCCUAUCACAACGUGUUUGACGGGGAAGUGCCACGUUCUCAGGGCCUAACCCAGGACAAAGGCGUCGCGGCCAACAAGAGAAGCCCCGGCGGAGGAACGGCUACGCUGGGCCGAGAGGCCCACACCACCUCCGCCACCUCCAGCCCCGACCACAGUGACCACGCCCUCUCCGCCAGCAGCGACAGCGGCCUCUCUAGCACUUCUCUGUGGGCGGAUAAACCCGCUCCCAUCACUACCGCCGCCGCCACCACCACAAGGCCCAGCCAGGGACCCAGCCGGCAAGAGAAGGCCGAUCUAAAGCGCCUCCUGAGCGGCUUUGGUCUCGAGGACUCCUCCCUGGAGGAGAUGGGGGAUCAAGGUCUCAGGGUGAGCGUCCAGCGGCUAUCGCCUGCCCGGGGCCACAUGAACGGAGACCCCCGUCCCAGAGAAAGAGAAACGGACAUCUUGGAUGAUGAGGUCAUGACGGGUCAUGACCUGCACAGCGUGGACAGCCUGGGGACCUUGUCGUCCUCCUGCCACAAGAGCAGCCAGAAUUCCCUGCUGUCGGAUGGCUUUGGUAGUCCCGGGGGAGAGGAGCAGCAGCAGCCCCAAAGCCAGCAUCACCUCCACCACCCUGCACCGCCUACUAUCGAGGAGUAUGAGAGAGCCUAUAAUGAGGCUAGGAGGGGCUGUCUAGGAGCCCGGAGCAACUCUGUGGCCUCCUGUGCCCCCAGCAGUUCUUCCAUGGCUAAACAACAGGUAUACAGACAGGGAAGCUAUUCCACACACUCCUGGGUUCGCCAGCAGCAGAUGGUGGCCGCCCAGCAGUUUGCCUACAUGCCAGAGGACACCGGCGACAUGGAAAGGUACCCAGGGAACAAGCCGGGGAGCAGCCCGCCCAAACCGGGCCUUCCUAGCGAACCGCCGGGUCCCAUGACUCGGGACACGACUGAACCCGUGAGAGGAGCAGCGGCUCACAACGAGCAGACGACGGCAACCAAAAGCAACAGCGUCAAAACAGAUGAGGAGUUCAAAUCUCUGACAGUGGACAUAGACAACUCUAUUGACCAGCUCAACCAGCUGAUCAUGGACCUGGACCCCACAUUUGUGCCGGUUUCAAAGCGCUCCGGCUCUGUGAAAAGGAACAACGGGGCACUUGUGAAUGGAUCAGCCACCAAAUGCUCCAACGGCGUCAAUCACAGACUCAACGAUGGCAACGUGGCCCCCCUGCAAAUCACACAGCAGACAGUUGUCCAGCCGGGCGAGGUGAGUGGAGACAGCCUGCGGAGUCUGAGCCGCCAGGCGAGCGACGUCCCGGACCACCCGGGCUUUGCCCACUCGGGGUGGGGCGGGUCAGAGGAGUACAGGAGCACUCGGACGUAUUCUCCCUGUGUGCCACAGCCCCAGCAUGGCAUGUUGUACAGGAGUGACAGUGUUGACUACAGGGCUCAAGGCCAAGACAUGGACAGCGGGGUGGAGGCUGGGAGUGACCUGACACCCCCUACCCCCGCCUUCCCCAUCUCCCCCCCUACGCCUUACGUGAAAACCAUUGCAGAAUUCACUCAGUUCAUGCCGACGCCGUGUGCCGGCGUGCAGCCCUACUGCAGCUACAGAGCGGAGCACGAGUGCCGUGGCUACUCGGACGUGGUCGGUCACAUGGGGCUGCCGGACGACGGCGUGCCGCUCACCUCCCACGGCUGCCACAGGCCGCUGAGCAACGCACGCUCCACCUCCAUCAGUGGAACGCUGCAGCACACCGACGGGUAG